AUGCCGACUACGAACGGCAAACGCGUGCAGCUUUCGACCCUAAUGGCUCUCCCGACGCACGGCCGUGUAAUAAUCUCCACCACAGUGGGCGAGAUCGACGUCGAACUAUGGUCAAAAGAAACACCAAAGACAUGUCGGAAUUUCUUGCAGUUAGCUAUGGAAGGCUACUACGAUGGAGUCAUUUUCCAUAGAGUCGUACCGAAUUUCUUAGUUCAGACUGGCGAUAAAACAGGGACUGGUGCUGGUGGCGAGUCUAUUUAUGGAGAACCGUUUGAAGAUGAAAUUCAUCCUCGACUUCGUUUUGCACACCGAGGUCUCGUGGCCAUGGCGAACAGCGGGACGAAGAACUCGAACGAUUCGCAAUUUAUCAUCACGCUAGACAGAGCAGAUGAGCUGCAAGGCAAACACACAUUAUUUGGCAGAAUCGUUGGAGAUACAGUGUACAAUGUUCUCAAAAUCGGUGAUAUGGAAUUGGGCAAGAACGAGAGACCGCUUUAUCCACCUAAGAUAAAAUCUAUUCGGAUACUAGACAAUCCCUUCCCCGAUAUUGUACCCAGAAUCACGGCUGCGGAAAAGCGCGCACAGCAGAAGGCCCGGGGAGAUGCGCAACGAGAGCGAGAGGAGGAAAUGAGGAGGAAGGGAGCCAAGAAGAACACAAAACUCCUUAGCUUUGGUGUUGAUGAAGCCGGUGAAGAUUCUCCUGUAGAGUUCAAGAAGAAGGCUAUCUUCAGGCCUGAUCUAAUGGACACGGGCGGUUCCGGCUCAUCGCAAGCUCUCGAAAACCCUGUACUCACGGAUCUGCCGGACUUUGUGACCCACAAACCGCUGAGCAUGGUCAAAGAUUCAGACAAAAACUCGGAUUCUCGUCGGGACAACGAGGGAAAAUCGUUGAAGAAGAAAGAUAAGGAAAAGGAAAAGGAACUGGACAUAACGAAGAUACGGUCCCAACACGCCUCUGAAAAAGCCUCAUCAUUAACUGAGAGGCAAAUUGAGAUUGAAAAGCUGGAGGCGGAUAUUCGGAAGUUGGCUAAAAGACGGGCUGGAGAGGACAGCGACGACGAGUCCAAGAAGAAGCCGAAACGGUCCUACCUAGAGGAGGAACUCAAGAAGUAUGAAAAAGGCAGAGGGCUAAACAAAAAGGCCAAACGAAAGGACGAAGGAGAUUUAUUAGCGAAACUGGAUUUAUUCAGAGGGAAGCUGAAGGGUGUUCAGAUCAACGAAGGCGAGGGUGAAGAAGGACGCCCAGAUGAAGAAGUUAUGCGCGAUGUGGAUGUGGGUGGGGGUGGGGCAGAAGAUCCCGGAAUGGAGGUCGACGAUGACAGAGGAUUUCUUGGACACCAGCUGCAUUUCCCGAAAGAUAAUACGGAAGAGGUUCAGAAAGCGGAGAGGGACUAUGAAGUCAUUGAUCCGAGGCAAAGGGGAGCGAGAGCAAGAGAAGAAGAGCAAGAAAGAAAGAGAAAGGAAAAGGGAGGACGACCACGGCAUAGACACGCUGGUGGAGGGAGGUGAUAUUCAGGUCACGGCUCUACACGUCUUUUGGAUGAACCAAGCUUAUGCUGCUCAAUGGUACUAUUAUCACGUCGAACGGGAGAUUUGUUAGUCAUAAAUCAUAGUCUGGUGCAGAUGAAGGACCCCUCUUCGAUACCGACUUCCUCGCAGGCUUCCUUGAGUUUCUGGGGCGGGUCCAUGAUAGGUUCUCUCGUUAGUACAAAGGUUCUGCAGCAGGAACGUUUAGGUGAAUUAUACAUUUGGGAAUGCGGGCUCACCCCCAAUGCAUUCUCAAGCCGUGUUCUGCUUUGAUAUCUUUGAAGACCAACGCACUUUCCUUGGGAGAAAGAUGAAUAGGGGACAUAUAUCGCUGGGGUGGCGC